GCCCUAGUAACAGCCGCAUGGUAACCUAGGUGCUGGGCGUGUGGUACUUGCUCUCCGUUUUCCACGCUGGUCUUGGCUCCCGGCGUCUGCAAGAUGAAGAUUGAGGAGGUGAAGAGCACCACGAAGACGCAGCGCAUCGCGUCCCACAGCCACGUGAAGGGGCUGGGGCUGGACGAGAGCGGCCUGGCCAAGCAGGCGGCCUCGGGGCUCGUGGGCCAGGAGAACGCGCGAGAGGCAUGUGGUGUGAUAGUAGAAUUAAUCAAAAGCAAGAAAAUGGCUGGAAGAGCUGUCUUGUUGGCAGGACCUCCUGGAACUGGCAAGACAGCUCUAGCUCUGGCUAUUGCUCAGGAGCUGGGUAGUAAGGUCCCUUUCUGCCCAAUGGUGGGGAGUGAAGUUUACUCCACGGAGAUCAAGAAGACGGAGGUGCUGAUGGAGAACUUCCGCAGGGCCAUUGGUGAGUAUCAUGUCUGUGGCAAGAAUUCUUCUCACUUGCCCAGUGCCUUGAAGCCGCUUUGUUGUGCAAAUGCCUUUACUACUUAUAUUUGUUGUACUACCAUUUUUCUUUUGGCACUAUUAGUGUUAUCUUUGCAAGCCAAACAAGAACCCAACUUUACUAAUUGA